UUCUUGCUGCGAGUCCAAACCGCAACACACUGGAACCCAGUUUCAGCUGUUAAUUAUACAACAAUACAAAGAGAGACUAAAAAAAAACAAUCAGAAACAUUUUUGAGUCUCUAGAAAAUAUAAUUGUUGAAGAACAAUUCAUCAGCAUUGAAAGUGGACUCAGACAAAACGUCUGAUGCAAUCUGACUUCCUGUUUCCUACACAGAACAGAGAUUUCCUUCAUAAGCAGCCGUGUGAGAGGGUCAGUGCUGAAUGUGAGGAUGGAAAGCACUUUGCAGUCUUUGCUCUUUGCCUUUUCAGCAUUUAUUUUGCUGUUGAAUACCCUUCUCCACGGUGGACAAGCUGGAGAUGCUGUUCUGAGUAUUGACCCCAACUGGUCGACUUAUUUUACUGAAGAGCGCGUUACCUUCACAUGUGACAUAACAGACGGAGAACACGUUGACUGGGAAUAAAAAAUCAACAAGGAUGGUAAAGAAGUUAUGUUCUUCCAAACAAACAGGCGCUUCAUCCGAGUAUUUGUGACUUCACAUGACGGUGGUGAAUACCAGUGCUGUGGUCACCAGAAGAGCACCAAUGUUAAAAAGUGCAGUAAUAUUCUGACUUUAAAAGUGUCAGAUAAACCCAGGCCUUUCCUCACUGUGUCUCCAUCACAACGUAGUCCUGGAUCUUCAGUAACUCUGACCUGUGCAGUUGAACAUCCAACAGCAGGAUGGAAGUUCUACUGGUAUAAAGUUGUUCCUGGUUUAUCAAUCAAGAACAACAACCUUGAGGAACUGCCUUAUAGCGAUGAUGGAACGGAAAAAGGUUCAUACAUCAUCCACGAACGGACACACACAGCAGGAUAUGUGUGUAGAGCUGGACGAGUAGACCGAGUGUAUUUCACUGAUUACAGUGAACUAAAGUUUGUCUGUGCUGCAGAUUCCAGUCCUGGUAGCUCCUCCUCCAGAGUCCAUUUCAUCUCUUGGCAGUUAUGUGGGAUGUUGCUGCUUACUGUGCUGCUGCUGCUGCUUCGCUUCCUGAGAAAGAAAACGGAUAUUUCUUCUAACAGCUCCUCUCAGUGUGUGAACAUCAGUCAAAUCUCUACGACGCAGCAAACAGCAAACCAGAAUGGAACUCCGGUGUACUCUUCUCUUCUCCAUGGUGAUGCUUCUGUCUAUGAAUCAGUGAGAGACUCUGGAAACAAUGGAAAUGAUGAACCGGCCAUUGAAUAUUAUAAUCUCGUGUGUCCUCCUUCCCAAGAUGGGUCCAUAGGGAGAAGAGAGCCAACAACAAUAAUUCAAACAGCAUAAAAUAAAAAGACACCUUCCAAGAUGACUAAAUCAUUUGUACAGAUUUGUUAAAGACAAUUAUAAUAAUGUGUUCUGUUAAUGAAUGACCAGCAUAUCAUUGCUUGGAUCAUGGACUCUUCUUGUAGAC